AUGGCGGCGGAGGUGAACGGCGAUGGCGGCGCUCCGGUGACGGAUUGGCAGGGAGAAGGGGCUGGUGAGCUUCGUGGGAGCAAGGCGGAGCUAGCUAGGAGGUCGUGGGGAUCAGGGAGGGUCUGGAGCUGCGGGUCCACCGUGGGCAGGGACUCGUCGGAGUUGGAGGAAGAUGGCGGCGGUGUGUGUACGUCGGCGAAGAAGCCCGGCCAGGAUAUUUAUAGCACAGAAUUGAGAAGGAUAAGUAGAAGAAGAGGUCCAGAAGAUGAUCUCGACCGAGGGGAGCAAAACUGGCGGCGGGCAGGGCAAUCUGCGGCGGCCGGUGGUCAUGGCGUGAUGGGGAGUUCUGAGGGCGGCGUGGCGCGGGGUGAAGGGGCCAGCAGAGGCGGUGGACCGGUGGCGGGGAUCUUGUGCUUGAUGCGUGGAGCGGUGAGGCAGCUCGGGGAGAAGAUUCAGUGGUGGUUGGGCUCGCCGGAGUUGCAAAACAGAGGCGGCGAGCUGACGGCGCCAAGUGGAGGAGGCGAAAAGCGCCAGCGAGGGGUGAAGUGGGGCCAGGGAGAGUCAGGAAGGCUUGGCGGCACGCCAAACGGCGGCGCGGGCGGCCGGUGGGUGAGGAAAAUAGCGGCGGCGAGCGGCGGCGCUGUUCCGGCCAAGCGGGUGGUAGAAGAAAGGUUCCAGGGACUAAUGUGGAAAAUGUGA